CAAAAGAAAUGGAAGAAUUCAAUAAAAACCAACAAGAAUUGAAAAAUCAAGCCACCAUCAAUGCUCUUUAUAAGUCGCUUGCCGCCGGAGAUACCAAAAUGGUCUCCGGUCUUUUAGCCAGCGACCUCGAGUGGUGGUUUCAUGGCCCUCAAACUUGCCACCACAUGAUGAGGAUGUUGACCGGAGAGGCUUCACACACCGAGUUCAUAUUUGAACCUCGGAGUGUUACAACCCUCGACGACCACAUAGUGAUCGUUGAGGGUUAUGAAGGUGCAAACGUGUACUGGGUACACGUUUGGGUCUUGAAAGAUGGGUUGAUAACCCGAUUCAGGGAGUAUUUCAACACGUGGCUAACUGUGAAGAAGUUGAGGGUGAGACCCGCGCUCGGUUGGGUAGGCAAGGAUAAUUGGUCAACCGUGUGGAGGAGCCAACCGCGAGAUCUUUUCCGGAGGUCGUUACCCGGGCUCAUGCUUGCCAUUUGACGAGAUAUAUGGUGUAAAACAAUUGUAUGCGGUUACAUUAAGAGCACAACUUAUGACGUCGUCUUAAGUUGUAAAUUAUGAGAACAUUUGCAUGAAUCAUUGUAGGAACCAAGUUCACUUUUUAUUAAAAUAUAUUAAUAAAAAAUAAUAAUAAUGAGACCUCGUUAUUUGUGGAAAA